AUGAGCAGGAAUUCACGUGGCGAUGGAAUAGAUGGACUGUCAGAUUUUGUACGUGUCUUCCAUAAAAACAUCAACAAAAAUAAGAAGCUUGAACCCAAGUAUUUUAAAAAGCUGUGUAGAAUUGUGAGAGAGAACAUGGUAUGUCAAUUUCUGGAGUUGCUGACCACGUUUACGAACAAUGAGUGUAUCGUUAUAGGCAGGGCCAUUAUGAAGAAUAGAAUGGAUGAUGUUGAUGAGCUGGUCGAUUUUCUUGUGUCCAAGAAGUGCAAGUAUCACAUCAUUAUCCUAACCUGUACGCUGUGUAAGGGCAGGAAACUAAAAAAUGUAGACUCUGUUAAGAAUUAUAUCAAGUCGUUCUUCGGAGAUGAGACCGGCAUCAAUUUUUAUAGACUCAUAAUGAUGAUGGGCAGGAAGUACAGAAACGCUCUUGAUGAUGAUAUCAUGGCGUUUUGUAGGAAUAAUGAUCAUCCUAUUCUUAAAGAGGUGAUAAAAGAACAUGAAGAUCGAUUUUAA